AUGCCGACCGGGCUAGGAGAGAAGGCAGGCGGCCUCUCGUCGCAGCUCACAGCAAAAGUACGCCUGCCAGAGCACCUCUCACGGCAGCGAAAGCCUAGUGUAGCCUGUACCCGUAUUAGUGCCCGUUCACCGGCCUCGUCGGCCAUGCACGGGCCCGGCCUUGCACUACGACGUACAUAG